GUUCCCGCCAUAUUUCUCUUACUUCUAAAGUGAGAGAAACCCUAGAGAGAAAGAGCGCAAUGGAGGAAGAAAUCAAAUCCGAAUUCAAAAGCAGCGGUUUCGACAUCGAAGACGAACAAGAAAUUCUCAGAAAAUGUGUCACUUUCUGCACCAACUACAGUUUCACUCCUUCUUUGGUUGUUUUUGACAGACAGCUGAAUGAACCAGUUGUAGAGAGUGCCGAGAUUGAUGGCUUUCUGUUGCAGCUGCAAAAUGAGAAGAAAGAGGACAGUGUAAAAGAAAGGGAAGAAGGUGGCUUGCAUAUGUACUCUAUCGGAGAUGUAGAAAUGCACUUAAAUAAUGAUGAUGAUACAAAGGACGAUACUCCUGGAACUCCAAUAAAUCACCAUCAUGAUCUUUUAUCUCCUUCAACUGAUCCAAUAUCUUUAAUGUAUGAGAAUGUUUUAUCUUCUGGGAAAGCAUCAAAAUCAAAACUAAUAACACCCUUUUCAAAGCGAACAGAUAGGUUUUCAGUGAAAUUUAGCAUCAACACUCUCCCUAGUGUAGAGAAUAGGAAGCAGGAACCUCAUCACGAGUAUACCGAGAAUGAUGAAGAUGAUGUUGUCAGAAGAGUUCCACAACGUGAAAGGUGUUCAUUGGUCAUUCAUGGAUCAGGACUCAAACCGUGUUGUAAAUUCAUGUAUGAUAGAAUGGAGGAUAGGCUUAAUGCAAUAGAAAACCGAAUUAGAAAACAUACAAGGGCAUUUGUAGCUUCUGGUCUCUAUGAAGAACCAACAGACCCCACAUCUGCUUCACAGGUAAAUAUAAUACUUCCCUUUCUGUCCCAUGCACACUGAAAUUUGAAGGCAAAAUUAUGUUUUGUCAUGGCUAUACACCAACAUUUUGAAACACCAAAAU